AUGAGCAGCAGCAAGGAUCAUUUCACUUCCAAGAGCACACACAACAGGGACAAGGGUAUGUUCAAGAAGCAGCAGGAAAGCAGCACCGUCACCAAAAGAAGUUCUGGACAGCCGACAUGGAGAGGCCGGGGUAGCUCAGGAUCGGGCAUAGCGCCGUUUCAAGCCCGUCCACCCUCCACCAGCGGUAGAUGCCUUCAGCGUGCACAGCAAGGGCUCAAAGAGAAAUGGUUUGAUGGGGUUCGCGUCACAGAGCUGGGCGCGUUGCGACCCGAUCCCGCAGCGGCACUGGCUGUGGUUGUGCGUUGGUGGCCGUUGGUUGGAUGGCAGUUGUUCCUGCGGGAGAUGAUGAGGACGGAGAGGGUCCAGAUGGGCGAGGCGCUUGUGACUACCGGUACUUGGACCGGCCCGUCUGUCUGGAACUCUUCUAUGACGGCAUCGAAGCGCUCACAAAGAGGUCUCCCAUGA